AUGACUCGACCAGAGGUUGAGAGUACUCGGGUUUUGCGAGGCACCCUUUGCGUGGCCGUGGGGCCCACUGAAAAGCUGAUUCGAGAUGAGGGUAUCGUCACUGAUGAAAUGACCCAGGAAUUGAUGAAACCUGAUGGAAACCGGAUGAAACGAGUUGCCGAAGAUGAGGACACCGGUGAAAGUAGUCGAGCGGUUUGCCUGCCAUUGCGGGAUGUGACCAACACACUGGGAAUAGAAAAGGGUACGGAGAUCAAUAAGUCUGAUGAAAAGAAGCGCCAGCGGACCAUGGAUGUGGCGGGCAGUGGUGAUGAUGAUCAUGGAGUGGGAAAAAGGUCCAAGACGGUGUUCGGUGCGUCCGAAUGUGUCGAUGAUCAUGGAGAAGGAGGAAGCUUGAAGCAAGUUGCGAGAGGAAGAAGCUCUGUUGGAUCGUUCUGUGCGUCUGAACGGGUUGGUGAUGAUGGUGAAGAUUAUGAUGACGAUGACGGCGAGGAUUAUGAGGAUGACGACGACGCAAUUGAGGGCAUCUAUCUCGAGGAGGGUGAAUAA